AUGGCGGACACAAUAAAAGAUGCUCCGCUGAAGGCGGUUCAAUUGGAGGCAUUGGUGGUCAUGAAGAUAAUAAAACACUGCUCGCAGACUUUCCCUACAACCGCUACCGGUUUUCUGGUCGGCAUGGACAAAGCAGCAAAUCUCGAAAUCACCAACUCUUUCCCCUUCCCAACCGUCGAAGUACCCCCAACAGAUGGCCACCACGAUAACAAUGCGGCCUCAAAUCUUGCUGCAGCCGCCCCUAGAGCCAAAGCAAAUGCCUCAUACCAGAACGAAAUGAUCAAGAAGCUAAGAGAAGUCAACGUGGAUGCCAACAAUACCGGCUGGUACACCAGCGCAAAUCUGGGCAACUUCGUGAAUCUUAACAUGAUCGAGAACCAACAUUUUUAUCAGAAGGAGUUGAAUGAGCGGACAGUGGCCUUGAUCCAUGAUGUCAGCAGAAGCUCUCAAGGAAGCCUUAGCCUACGAGCGUUUAGGUUAUCGCCCUCGUUCAUGAUCGCCUACAAAGAAGCCAAAUUCACCACCGAGAGCCUCCAAAAAUCGAACCUCCGCUAUCAAGAUAUCCUACUCGAACUUCCAGUCCAAAUCCACAACUCUCACCUCCUAACCUCUUUCCUACACUCUAUGCCUUCCCCGGUUCCCUCUGCAGAAGCGCAAGAGUCUCAGCCGCCCACAAUCGCCUCACUCGCGAAAACACCAGAUCCUCUUUCACCGAAUUUUUCUUCGCUGAAUCUUUCCAUCGACCCAUUCCUCACCCAGACGACCGACCUCCUCCUUGAAAGUAUAGAGACGCACCACACCGAACUCAACAAUUACCAAUACUAUCAACGUCAACUUGCACGUGAACAGACCAAAAUUACCGCGUGGCAGGCGAAGCGAAAGUCGGAAAAUGCGAGCAGGGCGUUGGCGAAGCAGACUCCAUUACCGGAGGAUGAAUGGCAGAGAUUGUUCAAGUUACCUCAGGAGCCAGGGAGACUAGAUACUUUGUUGAACAGCAGGCAAGUCGAGCAGUAUGCGAGGCAGGUAGACGGGUUCGCCGCAGGGGUUACAGGGAAGAUGUUUGCUGUUAGGGGCAACCUUCUGCCCGGAGCUGGAGAACCAUGA